CGCACGUCGUCGUCCCCUAUUCGACCAUAAACCACCCUCGCGCUCUCUCUUUCUAACCCUAACGAAGAUUUUCGUCAUCUUCACAAUCUAAUACUCUGAUCCGAUACGUGGAUAGCGAUUCGCGAGGCGCUGUAUCAUCAAUCGCAGAGAAGAGAAGAGGAAGAGGGUAGAAUGGCAGGAGCAGAGACAGAGGAGAUGGAGGAGUUCUACGUGAGGUACUACGUGGGGCACAAGGGGAAGUUUGGGCACGAGUUCCUGGAGUUCGAGUUCCGCUCCAACGGCAUGCUCCGCUAUGCCAACAACUCCAACUACAAGAACGAUACCAUGAUCCGCAAGCAGGUCUUCGUCACCCCCGCCGUCCUCAAGGAGUGUCGCCGCAUUAUCCUCGAGAGCGAGAUACUGAAGGAAGAUGAUAACCAAUGGCCGGAACCCGACCGUGUUGGGAGACAGGAACUUGAGAUUGUGAUGGGGAAUGAGCAUAUCUCUUUUACUACUUCAAAGAUUGGAUCCCUUGUUGAUGUCCAGAGCAGUAAUGACCCUGAAGGGCUUCGCAUAUUCUAUUACCUUGUUCAGGAUCUGAAGUGCUUCGUAUUCUCUCUCAUAUCUCUUCAUUUCAAGAUCAAGCCAAUAUAGUAUGGAUUAGGAGUCCUCUGUUUUCUCUGCAAUCUGCAUUCGAUUCUGUUUGCUAUUGUAACAGUUACCGUACGGUCUUAGUCAUUUGACAGUUAAGCACUUUUAUUGGUACCUGGUGUGUAUGGGAGUGGUUAGUUAGAUUUGCCAAUGUGUGCACACAGACUGGAAUAUUACAAUGUUACCAAAGAUUCCUAAUUGCUUCCUGUGUUAUUGCUUUUUUCCUUUUUUCAGAAUCGAUUGCGUUUGAAUCAGUAUGAUGCUAAGAGCCAAUUUUGCACUC